CCCCACCUAGUCCCCACCUCUCCCUGCCUCUUCAUUAGGGUGGACUCGAGACGUCCUCGGGCAUUCAGUGGUGACUCGACGCGUCUCUUCACCCUUCGUCUGCGCCAAUCUGUUGGCCAUUUCGUCAUCGUCCUAUCUAAAACUUUCUCGCACUGCGCUCUGAUUUUCGCGGCAUCUAAUGACUCCCUUCGCGAAAGAAGAGUAGAUCACCCAGCCCCAGAUUCGCUCAGCAACCGCAGCAGUCGCAGCAGUCGCAGCAGUCGCUCUCCCCUGGCGACAGCACUUGAGGCUCGCGCAGGCGGGCGUCGCUCACCAUCGCCGCAUCGCUGGGCGACGUCGCAGGCGAUGAAUUCGGAGGGCAGCAUGGAGGGCUCGUCCGCGGACGACAAGACUCCGCGCGGGCGCAACGUGGCCCACGUGCGGGGGGGCAGCAUGGGCGCGGCAUUCCCCAUGCGCAGCCCGGGGAAGGCGGGGGGAGGUGGAGGGCAACACCAGCACCGGGAUAAGAAGGGGCAUCACCAUUACCACCACUCGAAACACCAGAACCUAGGCACGCUGCAGAAGCUGCUGCCGUGGGUCACCAUCGGGCUGCUCUCCCUCAUCGCCCUCGUCCUGCUGGGCUCCGCGCUUUUCCCAGGCUACAUCUUCAUGUGCCCAGAGACCAUCAAGCGCCUUCCAGAGCACUGCGUGAAGCUGGAGAGCGACCCCGUGCAGCACGACUGGGUGUCCGCCGUGCUGCCCUUCGACUGCUUCCAAGCCGACCAGACGUCCCCUGUGAUCGCGCACCGAGUCGACGACGUCAAGUAUGACUUCUUCCUCUCGCUGCUCGACUUCGGCACGCGGAGACGCCCCAACAGGAAUAUGGUUCGGUUGUUGGAUGGACGGCCGUUUCUCAAGCCAGAUCUGGCCGUGGCGAUGCAGUCAGUGCUGGAGAUGCUGAUUGAGGCCAAGGCAGUCAGGCCCGACUCGCUAGUCAUCGACGCGGGAGCAGGCAUAGGCGCGGCGGCGUUCGCAGCGGCAGCCAUGGGGGUGCGGGUGCUGGCGCUCGACCCCGUGCUGGCGAACGUGCUCAAGAUGUGCGAUGCUGUGCACCUCAACCGGGCGGCAAAGAGGGUGAAGCUUCAUUUAGCCGCAGUGUCGGACACAGCAGGCAACAUCACGAUUCACAAUAUCCUAUCCAAUCUAGAACACAGUGCUGUGACUGAGGCUGUGCUCACCCUCGCGUCAAAGGACGCCCCUGUCAUCCCCACCACGGUGGAAUCCCUCCCCAUAGACUCCCUCGUUCUCCCCGACCAGCACGUGGCUGUACUGAAGGUGACUGUACAGGGAUGGGAGCUGCACGCCUUGAGAGGCGCUGCCGGAUUGCUCAGCCGCCCGCCCAAGGAGGCGCCGUUUGUCCUGUAUGAGGAGGACCGGUUGUUGCUGAGGGCGGGGAACACGACGCCAGCCGCUGUGAGAGGGUGGUUGGCGGGGUAUGGGUAUAGUGAAUGUGAUAAGGCGCAUGGGCUUGUGCACUGUAGGAAAAAGGGGUCAUUGCUGGAUGCUUGAUUAUGGUUUUGCGCCUUGUAUAAUUUUACUACAUGCCAUUACUGGUCCGGGUACCACUACCGCAAUAUCACCAUGAGAACAUUUGUCACUAAAUAGAGAGAACGAACAGCC